AAAAGAUGGCAGCGCUCACAUCGUUGGAGGUAAAUCAAAGCUGUCUGAACUUUCUACCACGCGUUUUUCCGAUUGCGGUGUUAUCCCUGCCCUCGUUUAAUUUAUUUCUCCAUCCCGCCUCCUCUCAGGGACUGGCAGUUUUAUUUCCCAGUGCAGACCAGGCUGAAGUGCUUUAAAUGUUGCUUGAACGGGAAAUGGUGGAAAUAGUGCACUGACUGGAAUAUCUGGGAGAUUAUUCUUGAGGGAAACUUUUGAAAAACAGGGGGAAAUCAAGUCAAAAUUAAACUAUAUAUACUGUCAUUUAUAGGGUGUACGAAUAUACUUAAGGCAUUACCAAUACUAAAAGAAUAACAAUCCUUACAUUUGUUUUCAAGUGUGCUACAAACUCAAUAAGAUUUACAUAUUUCUUUUGGGAAAACUUUGACAAAUGGGUUGAGAAACAUACAUUUACUCUUGCAUCUUUGUGGCAAUCUAAUUCCUCCAAGACCAGGGGUGUCAAACUCAUUCUUAUCGCGGGCCUCAUUGUAGUUAUGGUUGGUAUGAAACCAUGAAAGUCUUAAAUGGGCCCAUCAUAUUUACACAUAAAAUGUAUCAACUAGUUUUGGAAUCAGAAAUCAAGGGUAAUGGGCUUUUCAACUAUUGUUGAUGUUUGCUAACAAAAAUGCUUGCAAUAUCUCAAUGUCAUCAUUUAUGAAAUGACUGUUUGAAAUUUUGGUUCAAAUUGAAACAAAAAUGAUGGAAGUUGAUACACAUGAUUUGCCUUCAGGGGCCACAUAAAAUCAUGUCCCAGGCCGCAUCUGGCCCCCGAGCCUUGAGUCUGACAACUGUGUCCUAGACAACAGUGCCAUGUUUUAAUAGUUUACUAAAUUGCAAGUCGUAAAUAUUGAGAGGGUUUAACAUAUACGAUUGUAAACAGUGACUGUUUUCUGAGCAGAUUGGGGAUGAAAAAUCACUUUUAACAUACCCAUACCACAGGGAGGAUGUUCUUUUCAAGAAAUCUGGAAAUCGGGCCUUCGCCGACUUUAAUUACAUGAGAGGGAAAAUGCUAAAAUUUGUCACGAUUGUCGUAAUGUGCGUAUCUCUCUUUCAAAAUGUCUGUCCAUUUUCUGUUUGUCCUUCAUAAAAAUCUCUGAGGCUAUCACACAUGUAAAAAAAUGAUCAGGUUUCAUAGGGUAGUUCCAACAAGACGUGGGAGGAAAGCAUCCCAUAAACCAUCUUUUGAACCUCCUUUCCAGAUGGAAUAGUUAAAGUCCCCCAUGCGCACAAUUCAUCACAAUUAUCAUUUGAUUAGUCCCGCAAAAGUCUCAACAGUGUUCAUCUGUAUUUGCUUUCCCUCACAAACAUCCUUGUCACUUUUGCCCCUCUGCUCACAGUCUGGAAGAAAGAUGAUGUGGUUUUACAAGAUUUGUCAUUAGUCGCACAAGUACUUGUCCUACACUGACACUGCAAGUUGCUCCAGCGUGAGGUGUCACAAGAACCGAUCGGAACGACCUCAUCGCCGCCAUAUUAUUCGGUUCGUGCGCUGCCUGCAGUCACGUUUGCCGCAACCUUUCGAAGAUGGCAAAGAAGUUGUGUGUGUCAAAAUAAUAUAUAGAGUGGAAUCUGUAAAAAAGAAAUGAAUGGAGGUCGCACAGAAACAAUUUGUAGGUGAGACAAUUUUGUCUUGGGUUUUCGUUUAUGGCUUUUAGGCAACACUUAUAGAGCUCGUGCACCUACGUCAUCAAAUCACGUCACUGGCCGGAAGUGUCGGUCAAACAAACCAUUCUUCAAUGCUAAGUCGGUUGGAGACGACGCGAAAAUACGUCUUAUAGCACAACGCCCAGAGUUUGGUCCGGUACCGUUAAACAUUUAGAAGGUGAUAAUAAACGAAGGUACGUCGAAAAUUGAGGGUCACUUGGCAUAGAGGUCCCAUAUUUAGUGCCAAAGGUCGACGUUUUCGCCGAUAAGAAAUUGGACUAUUAACAAGCUUCCGCUCAUCUUGAACAACUGGAUCUACACAUGUAUCUGGUGAGUAAAUUGUCGAGAUAUACAUGGAAGAAUUUGAAAACGUAGAAAAGUCUGGACGCAUACAAGUAGUUAGUUGCUGGAUCUGUUCUCAAUCAAGAAUAAAUCCCACAUAGUGAUGGAGCCACUCAGAUUUUUUCAAUACAAAUACCAAGAUGUCAAUAAAUGGCCCCUGGUUUUACACAAACUCGCAUUCAUUAUCUAUGAUCGAGUCGGCUCCUCCGAACAUGAAGUGUGCACACAGUGUACACGGAAGCACACUGCGGCCACACAUUGAACUUCGGUAGACAUCUGUGUGACCGACGGUUUAUUUUCUUGAACAUGAGAAAAGAACAGCGGCAGUUGGAAAAUGCGUCACUACUUGUUGUGAAAGUGGGGAAAAUUUUGUUUUCAAGGAAAGGUUUGCCAUUUUUUUCCACAAACAUUUCCCAGCUGUUUAAUUUAAUAUCCAUUGUGUCAAAGUACCACAAGGAUCAAGAAUUUGACGCCUAUUUUGACGCCACAUUGCCCGUUGAAAAUAUUUAACACAACUAAUGCUAAAAAUAUGUGCAAAGUCACCACCGGCUGAGAUGGAAAGAAACAGAAUGUGAAAGUUCAAAAUAAUCAAUAAUAAAGUAUAAAAGGAUUACAAAAGAUUUUGGGGGAUAUAUAAGACUGAGGCAUGAUAUAUAUAUGGUCACAAAAUCUUGCAGAGUAGCAAAAAAUUUGAAUUGAUUAUGCCAUUUUUCAACAUUAAUCAUGAAUAAAAUAUCAAUCGAGUCAAGCAUCACAAAAAUAUUUUCCCAGCAGUACAACAUCAUGUGAAAUUAUUUUUACGAACACCUAGAACUACUCAAGUGUUAUAUUUAAGAUAACUAUGCCAAAUUAAAUAUGCGCUGGUUGGCGUUAACGUACAAAGUCGUACAAAAUGUCUUUUUUUUUUCCAGUUACCAAGUGUGCACUUUCCUGAUGUCGUUAUUAAAAUAAAUUUGCAUACUGGGAUAGGACCUGAUUAUUAUGUACGGUACUAAGCAAAUUAUUUGAUCGCACAACGAGUUGUCGAUUCAGGAUCCGUGCGUCAGCUGCCCUGGGCAUUUGCAGAACCCCUCAAAACACACACAUUGAAUGGGCAAGUCGUUGCAAAGUGAAAAGGCCUAAAGGCUUAGAGCACCCUGAUACUUUACUUAUUUGAAAAUAAAAAAAAAAAUUAAUUAACCAAACACAAUAGGAAAAUACAUACAAAAGAUGAGAGUUGUAACUAUAAAUAGGCCCGCAAACACACAGAAUGUCACGCUGACCUCGCUGGUUCGUACUCGAGAAGACUCUUCAUCAAACUAUCAUCAGGUAACUAAUCAGCGGUACUACUUUGUUGUUAUUGUUUCCAAUAGGCUGGAUGAGAGCAAACAUUGAUGUUUGUUGGAUGGAUGUAAGCAAAUUAUUCGAUCGCACGAGUUGUCGAUCAGGAUAUGUGCGUCAGCUGCUCUGUGCAUUUGCCGAAGCCCUCACCACGCACACAUUAGAUAGGCAAGUUGUUGCAAAGUGAAAAGGCCGAAAGGCUCAGAGGACCCUGAUGCAUAUCUGAUGUGAAGAUAAAAUAUUUUCAUUAACCAAACACAAUAUGUAAAUACAUACUAAAGAUGAGACAGAUCUAGCUAUAAAUGGACCGGCAAAGUCAAAGAAGAUCACACUGACAUCCCUGGUUAGUAGUCAAGAAGGCUCUUCAUCACACUAUCAUCAGGUAACUAAUGAGCGGUACAAGUUGCGCGUUUCCAACAGGUUGGAUGAGAGUAAACAUUGAUGUUUGUUGGAUGGUUGCGUUGCUUCAAUGAUCAAAUUUAAUGCAGUUUUCUUUCAGCUACUCUUCAUAUCUGCAAGCAUGGCCGAAACCAUGAAAGUUGUUGCUCUGGGUCAGCCCUUCACCUUGGGGAUGCUCUACGAUGCCCGCAAAGAUGAACUCAUCCCAGGUUUCACUCUGUGGGAUAGAGCAUCCCUAGAUAGCCAGACAACUGAAACUACUCAAAAAAGCAGUUCCUUUAAGAUUACAGCCUCUGACACCAUUGAAUCAAGGUCUUCUCUAAUGGAUAUUGAAGCUUCUCUGAGUAUGAGUUUCUUGGGUGGGUUGGUUCAAGUUGGAGGAUCUGCCAAGUACCUGAAUGACCAAAAGAAAUUCAAGAACCAGAGCAGGGUAACUUUUCAGUACAAAGCCACCACCACCUUUAAGCAGCUGUCUCUUCCUGCUCUUGGGCCACUAAACAGCCAACAAAAACAAAUUAUUGAAGAAGGCAAGGCAACACACUUGGUCACAGGUAUCCUUUACGGGGCAAAUGCAGUCUUUGUGUUUGACAGUGAGAAAUUGGAAGCCAGCAGCGUUCAAAAUAUCCAGGGAAGCAUGCAAGUGGUGAUCAAGAAGAUUCCUACAUUUAAAAUUGAAGGAAGCGCUAAAAUACAUCUGUCUGAGAAAGAGCAAGCGUUGACAAACAAGUUCUCUUGCACAUUCUUUGGAGACCUCAUUCUUGAAAAAAACCCUGCCACAUUUGUCCAAGCAGUAGAAACCUACUGUGAGCUUCCAACGCUGUUGGGAACAAAGGACAACAAUGCUCCUCUGCUUGUUUGGCUGUAUCCUCUGCAGGCGCUAUACAACAAAGCUGCUGUGCUGGUCAAAGACCUCAGCGUCUCACUCUCGAGGACGAUUCAAGACGCGAUGGAAGAACAAAAUCAAGUGAAAAUGAGAUGCAAUGAUAGUUUGUUUAGCAGUGCCGCACAGUAUUUCCCCGUGAUUCGCAAAAACAUGAGCAGUUUCCAAAAACUUUGUUCUUUUUACCAAGCUUCACUCAAACGAGCAUUAUCGACCCAUCUUCCUUCAAUCCGCGAUGGCAAAGAAGAAGAGAGCCUGUUAGCAAAAGUCUUUAAUGAUCGAGAAAAGUCUCCAUUCCACCAAGAAAACCUUAACAAGUGGUUGGAGAAAAGAGAACGAGACAUCAAUGUCAUCCAGUCCUGUGUUGACAUGAUAAUGUAUGAAUCAAAUGCUUAUGUUGUGCGCACAAAAUCAGAAUUGGAUAAAGUGGUUCUUACUCCAGGUGUGACAAAUGUUCUUUGCUUUGUUUUCACCGACUUGGAAACAAAUGACCCGUGCCUUGACGCCAUGGCUAAGUAUUUGGACACAUCGCAAGUUGGCGGAACCAAUGAAGACUCUACGUCCUUCACGAAUGAGGUGCUCAUUAAAAUGAGAGAAAAUGCCCAGACGUUCCUCAAAUAUGCUAAACCUCUGAAGGACAGCAGCAGUAUCAAGUUCCUUAUAACCGCUAUGACAAAUAAGAAAUACAAAGGAUCUUCCAUCUACCAUUACAAAGAUGGCCUUCUAGAGUCUGACAAGUUCACGGUGCCAUCCCUGCCACCAGUGAGGACGAUCACGAACAGAAAUGAUGUCAUCUGGCAUGCCACUGAACUCACACUGGAUGAAAAUACUGUCAACGAAAAGCUCACUUUGUCGGAGGAGAACAAGAAAGUGUCAUAUGGUCGUGUUAGGUCGUAUCCCUAUAGCUCGGAAAGGUUCGUUGAUUACCCUCAGGUUCUAUGCAAAGAGCCACUACGCGGUCGGCAUUAUUGGGAGGCGGAAUGGCGGGGUCAUGUUAAUGUGGUGGCUGCAUUUGAAUCAACUCCAAGGAAAGGAGUAACCAACACUGAGAGAAAUUUCACAGAUAUGUUUACUUCCUGGGGAUUGCAUGCAAGCCAUAAAUUUGAAGUAAUUGUGGAAAGCUAUUUCAGUCCUAUCAUGAUCUUUACAGCAUCUUCUAGUGGCAUGCAAAAGGUUGGAGUGUUUCUUGAUGUUCCUGGAAGCACUCUGUCCUUCUACGGUGUCUCUGGAAACAAACUGAAACACUGCUAUACUUUUCCAUUGAAUCUUGAUCAACCAGUCUAUGCUGGUUUUUCAGUUUUAGAAAAACAAAGUUAUGCAAAACUGACAUACUAGUGCAGUAAAACCAUUGUCCUCCAUUAUAGUCAGCUAUGCAACAUUUAUUCAUCAAUUAGUUUUGAAUAAUUUUGAACAGCUUUUUAAAUAGUGGGUUAGUAAGUAACUCGUAGGGUCUAGCACAGCAUGCUUUAUCAAAGAAUUACUGACAUUUUUGAAUCGUCAAGAUAGUACAUGCUAAUUUCGUACCCUUAACCUCUCAGCCUCUAAAGACAGGCGUCCACACAUUCGAGUAUUUUAAUGUUAACUUUCUGCAGCAGGAGCGCCACCUUAGAAUUUUGCAAGACAUUCACUUUCAAGUAUACAAUAAAUAAGUGCAGAUAUUUGAUCAAUAAAUGAGAUGAAAAGCCUCUGGGUGAUGGGUUAGAAUGAUGAUGAUUUUUUGGGGUGGGUGUUUAGAUUUGUUAAACCUUACAGAAAUGUUCUCUCUUUUCACUUGCUCAUUAGCUUUGAGUAUGUGUUCUAUCUAAUUACCUGCUGAACCAACAACCAUGCAACGUUUUUCUUGAGGCUUUAAGCAGCCUUGGCAAAUCACACCAUGCGUUCUUUGUAUCUGAUGUGACGAGACUUUUGUUGUCACCAUUUGAUGUUCGGGUCACAUGCUCAAUAAAAAGUUUUUUUUUUGCUCUCUCCGUUGGUUUCCAUUCUUGUGAUUAAAAAUGAGAGCGUGUGUGGAUAAUGGAGAAUGUCUCAUUGUCAGAAAACACAGAGUACGUUCCAGCUCUUUUAGGAUAACGUACAGUCUGUAAAACAACAAGACACAGGAGUGCAGAUCAUUUUCACACCUCCAGUACAAUUUUGAUCUGGGCACACACAAUACAAACAACAGCCGAGUUCCGCAGACCACGUGAUGUGGAUCAGUCACGUUCAACCAAGUCGCUUGUUGUGUGGUACCGUGGCCUUCUUGCUGUUUGCUUGUAUUUAUCCAAACAAUACACUGACUGUCUUAAAAAGCAGAACUUGUAUGAAAUUCCAUUUGUAUCAUACUCCUUCCCUGAAAUAAGAUCUAUUCCCUCUGAUACGAUAGAUAGAGAAAACGGCAAAAAGGAGAA